UGGAAUGAUGUUGAAUGAUGAAGAAAUUGCUUCGAUUGCUGGUUUAAAUGCGUACUUGGACAAUGAUGACGCAACUGCAGGUCGCUUCAAUUUCUCAGAUUCAAUGGGUGAGCAUUGGAAUAACGUAGAUGAAGAUGAAUUCCGAGAGCUUCUUAACUAUGGAAAUCCGACAGAGAAUGUAACCGAUUUAAACAAAAUGGACGUCUGA